UUAUAACAUGGUAACUCUUAUUACAAGGAGAGCUCGACUCGUUUAAGGAACAGCUUGCUUACAAAAGGGACUGUACGGACAGUGUUGGGCUCUAGUAUAGAGAGAGAGAUAAAUAAAGCAUUCUCUCUAUUCUACUGUGGCAAGCCGUAUUUUUGUAUAGAAGAAGCAAUACGUAUAAACUUUGGAGGUGUAUGAACGAUCAGAAGCAGUGUUUGUUUGACGCCUAAUUCAUCUCUUCUCCUUUGGAUUUCGGCCUGAAGAAGCUGCCUCAACAGAAAAAACCUAGAACAACUAUGGAGGUGUACGGACGGAGCAAUAUCAGAAACGGGUCGCAUCCGGAUACGGGCGCGGAAUGGGCUCCGCCUGGGUCAGAAACGGAUCUUGAAGAAUCAAUGCAGAGGCUGGGGAUAUGGGGCAGAGAAAGGUACCCGGAAAGGCCCGGCGCGCCGCUCUGCUCUUACUACAUGAGAACCGGCGUUUGCGGCUAUGGUUCCAAGUGUCGGUUCAAUCACCCUCGUGAUCGUGGCUCUGUUGGGGCAGCACAGUUUGGAGCAGGGGUAUAUCCUGAGCGACCUGGGGAGCUUACUUGUCAGUUCUAUUUAAGAACUGGAACCUGUAAAUUCGGUGCUUCGUGCAAAUUCCACCACCCAAGAAAUGCUGCUGGAUCCUUGAUUAACGUCCCACUUAAUAUUAAUGGAUACCCGUUGAGACCGGAGGAAAAAGAAUGCUCUUACUAUUUGAAAAUGGGGCACUGCAAAUAUGGUUUAACAUGUAAAUACCAUCAUCCUCAACCACCUGGUAUAUCACCAGGCCACCCCCCAGCAACUGCACGUCCAUUUUAUCCUACCGUGCAGUCUCUUCCAGGACCACCACCUUCCACGGAGCACUAUAGUGGUGCAACCACUGCUAACUUUAGGGCCACAAGGCCUCCAUUAUUACCUGCUUCAUAUUUGCAUAGUGCUGCUUAUGCUCCUGUCCUGAUUCAUCCCGGCAUGGUUCCUGUUCCUAAUUGGAGCUUCUCGGCACCUGUUAGCCCUUCUCUUUCAACUGGUGCUCAACAUUCUAAUGGGCUAGCUUCUGUUUAUGGAGUAUCAACAAUGGCUUCUUCUCCAAGUGCCUUCCCAGGACCUUAUUCCCAUUUGCAGGCAGCAUCCCCUGGUCCUACCAGAAGUGUGCUGAAUGAAAAGUGUUUCCCUGAAAGACCGGGCCAACCUGAGUGUCAGCACUACAUGAAAACUGGGAGUUGUAAAUUUGGGUCAACUUGUAGGUUCCACCAUCCUCCAGGCUGGAAUGCAUCAAACAUAAAUUGUGCUUUCAGCCCUCUAGGGCUUCCUCUGCGUCUGGCAGCUUCGGCAAUUCAAGAGUUCUCCCGGACCACCAGAAGCGUACAAGCGUUCGUCCACAAAUCUGUAACGCUGACUUGCAUCCGCCGAGUCGCCGACCUCUCGAGGGCCCAGGUGACUAAUCGCCCACCGUGUAGGGACUAGGGCACGCCAGCCGCCAGCACCGCAGUCCGCACCAGCCACCAGUGCAAAACGAGUCUACCUUCUACGGCCCCUACUCACCACCUCUGAAGCUGUGAAGCAGGUAAGUUUAUCUAGUUUAAUUUUUAAUGAUAUAUUAUUACUUUUCUCAAUAUGUUUGGAUUAUUUAUUUAUUAAUUUUUUUCAUUAAUAUGGGAUAUUGUAAUUGACUUGCUCAUUUUAAUUAUUUAUUAGGGCCAUUGGGGCUUAGCCCUACUAAUCUGUGAUGUAAUUUAAUAACUUAGGUUGUUGUUUUUGAUUCUGU